UCCGCCGCCAUUUUUGUUGCGAACGUAAACAGCCGCGGUGUGCCAGGACUCGUUCUCGCUGCUCACGUAGACGCUGGGCGACUCGACGACUCGUGGAGAUGAACGAAGGGACCUGAGCGACUCGCCACCGGGGUAAGAGGCUCGCAACGACGCCAUGCUGCCAUUUGAGUGGCCCCGCUUGUCAACAAUGGGGCUUCCGCGUGGAUUUCCUCACCGGGAAGGAGCGGAUCAGGUUUAAACCGGGGAGGGAGGGAGGGCCCGGCCCGGCCCGGUGCCCGGUGCCCGGUGCCCGGUGGCCGUCCGUCGGCCCCUUCGGCAUGGACCAAGAGUACGAGAGGCGACUUCUGAGGCAAAUCAACCUCCACAACCUGCCCGCCGAGGCCCGGCUCACCAGGUGCGGAAGUGUUACCUGCAGCCCCGUCGGCGUGAAAUCGGGAGACCGCUUCAUCCCGACCCGCGCCGGAAGCAACUGGAGCAUCAACUUCCACUACGCCAACGAGAACUGCCGCUCCCCCAGCCAGAGCCAAAAAGCAAAAGACGCCAGUUCAGAAUCAGGCAAAGAUACGGUGGCGUAUGCCGCCUUGUUGAGAAACGAGUUGCUGGGUGCGGGCAUCGAGUCGGUGUCAGACCUUCGCACGGACGACAGGCGCCACGCCGUCUCCUCUCACGGCUCUCGUAACCUCUUUCGGUACUCCGUCCACACUAAGAGAGUGCCUUUCGAUAGCGAUAAUGAAGUCUCGCCCUACUCUCUUUCUCCGCUCACUAACAAGAGUCACAAGCUUCUCCGCUCGCCGCGUAAGCCGGCCCGCAAGAUCUCGAAGAUCCCCUUCAAGGUGCUGGACGCCCCGGAGCUGCAGGACGACUUCUACCUCAACCUGGUCGACUGGUCGGCGGGCAACUUGCUCAGUGUCGGUCUGGGAGCCUGCGUCUACCUGUGGAGCGCCUGCACCAGCCAGGUGACACGCUUGUGCGACCUUUCGGUGGACGGCGAUUCCGUGACGUCCGUUUGCUGGAACGAGCGGGGGAGUCUGGUUGCUGUCGGGACCCACAAAGGUUAUGUUCAGAUCUGGGACGCGGCGGGUGGGCGAAAGCUGACCGGUUUAGAGGGCCACUCAGCUCGUGUGGGCGCCCUGGCGUGGAACGGGGAGCAGCUGUCGUCGGGAAGUCGCGACCGAGUCAUCUUGCAACGGGACAUCCGGACCCCGUCGUCCGCUGAGAGGAGGUUGCAGGGACACAGGCAGGAAGUGUGCGGUCUCAAAUGGUCCCCCGACCAUCAGCAUCUCGCCUCUGGUGGCAACGACAACAAGCUACUGGUAUGGAACAGCUCGAGCCUGCUCCCGGUGCAGCAGUACGGCGAGCACCUGGCCGCGGUCAAGGCCAUCGCCUGGUCUCCUCACCAGCACGGGCUGCUGGCGUCGGGAGGCGGCACCGCCGACCGCUGCCUGCGCUUCUGGAACACGCUGACGGGCCAGGCGCUGCAGAGCACCGACACCGGCUCCCAGGUGUGCAACCUGGCGUGGUCCAAGCACGCGAACGAACUGGUGAGCACUCAUGGCUACUCUCAGAACCAGAUCUUGGUGUGGAAGUACCCGUCGCUGACGCAGGUGGCCAAACUGACCGGACACUCCUACAGAGUACUAUACCUGGCCGUGUCACCCGACGGCGAGGCCAUUGUGACGGGCGCGGGCGAUGAGACUCUUCGCUUUUGGAACAUUUUCAGCAAAACGCGUUGCACCAAGGAAUCAAAGUCUGUGUUGAACCUUUUCACACGAAUCCGAUAGACGAGCGCUUCCGACAAGAUGGCGGACCUGCAGCACUUCGCCACCUCGGCUGUUUUUGUUUGUUUGUUUGUUUGUUUGUUUGUUUUUUUUACAACAGUGUGCACUCGAAACGUCCCGUGUUCGUUCCGCCCCCGUCGGUGAUGUCACGACUAAACAAAACAAAAGAAAGAAAAUGUUGGCUUCUUAUUCAUGAUAUUUGUUUGUCAAAAGUGUUUCAUUUGAUGAUAUAUUAGCAGAAAUAUACGUGUUGAAGAACUCUGACGACAGAGAAGAAGCCUGACUUUGUGUGUGUGUUGUAUGUUCUGACAUGGUGUGAGUAUCGUGGCAAUAAAUAUCGGGUUCCUACGCAAAUAUAGAAUUUGAUUUCAUAAUUUCCCAGGUAUGGAAACGUAGGGAAAAUGGAAACUAUUGUAUGGAAAAAUAUUCAUGCUUCCAAGACUCUUACGACAUCUCUAUUUUCUCAAACAAAAUCUUAUUUAUACCAGAAGAUCAGCUGUUUUCCAUAUUUCCGUAGAGAAGAUCAGGGCUCCAAUCGCAGUAAACCUUAUUUACAUGUCGAAUAUCAAUGAGAAAGCUGCCCGUCUCAACUCAACUGCCGGCUGUGAAAAGACCAACUCGAAUAGCUUGAAAAACGACUUUCUGGGCAUUUUCAACCCAAAUGAUUUUGCAAACCCGAUAAAAGGACAUCAAAGAUGAUCCAAAAUAAAUCCGAUGACAUGGCACCUCGAAGUCGAGGGAUGCUCUGCUUAAAGUCCUCGAAGGCGUUUACAUUUUGCUGUUUUUGAGCUCAGCGGAUGCGCCACGGGAGGAAACGUGGGCUAGUAAUCACAGCGUCCGGAGCCCUGCAGGCCUCUGCAAAUCAGAGAGAACUCCUUCACCAUCUCCCUCACGCCACGCUUGUUGCUUUGCUCCCUUGGAGAAGGAAACAUGUUGCUUUUGUAAAUUCAUCUGUUCAAUCUGCAUUGAUCCAGUCAUACGCCAUCCCAAAAUAAGAAUGUUUGCAAAACAUACUUUCGUGCAAAACACUUUUUUUUGCAUCCAAACAUGUUCUUUUGGAAAGCUCAUAAUGGUCACCCGAUAUGACAAUUUUGACAUGAAUGCAGCUUUCAGUGCGAUGCAAUGCACAUCAGUCAAAACUAAAGCCGCGACAAUGAACUUUGUUUU